AUGACAAACGGGCAUCCGAGCUUCACCCAAGCGGCCUGUGACAGCACCGGCCCCGUGGCCCCGAGUAAUCGAGGCAGUAUCGUCACUGCGCCAACGACGCAGCCCUCCGCAACACAGCCGAGCUCACGAAAACCCCGCAUUGAGAGCGGCUCCGAGGCCCCGAGAUUGCUGGGAGACGACAACACCGCCGACGGCACGGAUGUUGUCAAUGUAUCCGGCCUCACCGGUGAAGCCGCUCUCGCGAAUGCCGAAGAUGACCACGAACUCGCCGUUGGGCGCGACGCAUGUCUUCCGGUUGCCCGAGGGAUGAUGCCCUUCAGUUCAAAGACCCGGUGGUUGGUGGGGAUGCAACGCGCCAGUUUACAAGGCCAGCAUCAACGAGGAUCGCGAGGCAAGUCAGAAGGCUGA